CGCCUCGCCGCGCCACCCACCACUGCUCGCCCAGCAUGUCGCAGCGCCCGCAGCGCCUGCGCGUCGCCGUGCGCCGCCCGCACGCCCUCUCGCCCGACGAGUCGCCCGAGCCCGCCGCUCCUUCGCCGCGAGCGCGUGCCUCGCGUGCUGCAGCCUCGUCUUCGCGCUCGCGUGGGCGCGCCAGCAUCGCCAGCCCGCGCAGAGGGCGCGCCGGCGCCAGUCGGGCGGCAGAGGACGACGACGAGAGCCAGGACGACGAAGGCUCGGCGCCGCCGCCUGCCAGCCGGCGACGCGCGCCGCGCAACGAGCACGAUGACGAUGACGAUGACGAUGACGAUGACGAUGAUGAUGACGACGAGGACGGGGAGGGUGAGCCAGACGACGGCGCAGGCGAGGAUGAGAGCCAGCAGCCGCGCGGCGACGAUGACGAGGAGGACGGCGAGGGCGAGCCCGACGAGGAGCAGCGCUCCGACGAUGACGGCGGCUCCGACGACGGCGCCUCGGGCUCGGGCGCCUCGUCCAGCGGCCGUGCCGCACACGCCGUGCCCUCGACACGCAAGCGCGGCAGCGCCCACGCCACGGGCGAGCUGCCGGACCCCGCGACGGGCCCGCCGUUCAUUCUCGUCGCCGAGUUCGGGCAGACGACGCUGCUGCCCGCCAACCAGGCCAAGACGAUCAAGGGCAACUCGACGUCCUACCACCUCUCGCUCUUCAACAUGACGGCGCGCCUCGGCAAGGGCGGCGCAAAGGACAAGCGUGGGCGCGUGAGCAAGCUGGCCAGCGCCUCGGCCAGCGCCAGUCCGGCGCCGCAGAAGGGCAAGAAGCGCGCCAUUGAGGACUCGGAGGACGAGCAGGGCGACGAGGCGCAGAGCCCGGCGGCGGCGCCGCCGGCAGACAAGACGGUCGGCGACGGCGAAGACCCGAGCGUCGACAUCACGCAGCAGGUGCGCGUGCACGGCCAGGAGUACACGCUCACGGGCGACGAGCUCGUGCUGGAGGAGGACGAGGAGGGCGAGAAGAAGAUUGACAAGCACGGCAAUCUGCUCGGCGGCCGCGAGUGGCGCACGACGACGUUCACCUCGCCGUACCGUUCCGACCCGGAGCGGCAGUACUUCCUCUCCAUCGACGCCGCGCGCAUGGUCGGCUUCAAGGACUCGCUCUACUUCUUCCGCAAGACGCCCACGCUCGUGCGCUGCUUCCUCACGCAGACGGAGAAGGCCAUGCUCAUCGAGAGCGGCCACGUCGACGCCAAGCUCAAGGGCCGCAACGUCGCCGUCGUCGCGGCGCGCAAUGUCUUCAAGCUGUUCGGCAAGAACUGCGUGCGGCAGGGCCGUGCGGUGCGUGACGACUACAUGGAGGCUGCGGCGCUGAAGCGGCAGCAGGAGCGCGGCGGCGCCACGACGUACCAGGCGAUGGACGAGGACGCGGGCGAGGAAGGCGGCUCGCGGCGGGCGCCGGGCGGGCGCGAUCGCGAGGCAGAGAAGGAGCGCAACCGCGCGCGGCAGCGGCGCGACAUGUUCGAGCACCGCUGGAACGACCCCAUCACGGGCGACAUGUACCUGACGCUGUACGGCGACUCCGGGCUGGCGCCGUGGGUGCGCGCCGACGACCGGCAGAAGCAGCGCGCACAGCUCAACGGCGCAAACGUCACCGAGGAGAACUGGAUGCUGCACAUGGCGCGCAGCACGCAGGCCAUGAACGACGAGCUUGCCGCGGCACGGCGACAGCGCCUCGUGCCGUACCCGCGCUACGUCGACCGCGACAGCGACGAGGAAGACGCUGCUCCUCCGCGCAACGAGGAGAGCAAGGGCGUCGACUCGGUAAUGGCGCCGCCCACCGACGGCAUUGGCUCGCCGCGCCCGGCGCCCGAAGAGUCGGCGCGCAGCAGACAGAAGCUGAAGAAGCGCCGCAUCCUCACGCCCAUGGGCCUCUACGAGCCCGCGACGAACGUGGUGCACUUCCCGACGCACCUGCAGCCCACGAGUGCCGUCGUUGAGCGCAUCGCAGAGCGUCCCCUCCUGCCCGGCGGCGCCGGCACUCUCGGCGGCACGCAGCCCAUCCUCGCCGGCGUCGUCGUGCCCGGCGGCCAGGCGGCCGCUGAUGCGCUGGGCGAUGCCUGAGCAGGGAAGCAAGGAGCGAUGGGGCUGCAUCCAGGGAGCUGCAUCGCAAUGUCAUCGUCAUCGUCACGCCC